ACAAAAACAAAAACAAAAACCCCAAAAAACACUGGACUUUAAAAUUACUUAGGACAGUCACUUCAGGUGAUACCCGCCUUUGUGUUAAUCUGUGAAUUCAGUUCUGCUUUGUGAUUCUUGAAAGUUAAACAGCCAGUCCUCAGGACUUAUAUAUUCAUUUUAAAGGCAAUCUUAUAUAGAAGUGUAUCACACUGAAAAUUACCAUUUCCUUGGAGAUUCAUUCUGAAUGUUUAAAUUUCUGCAGUAACUUUAAUCUUAGUCUAGAUUUAGAGAGGCAUUCCCUGGCUAGCAAAGCCAAUCCAAGUGGCUUUAUCAGAUUAUUUUCAGGUAAUGGACUUAAGGACAAUAAAAUUAUUCCAUUAAGGCAAGUAGAAUUGACAGUGUAUUAAUUUAUUUUUACAGCAUUUAUUGAGAACUUUGUGCACGGCACUGAAUGAGAUUCUGUGUAAGGAUUCAAAGAUGAAAAAGAUGAAAUCACUGCUCCUAGGGAGUUUAUAAUUUAGCAGGCAGGCAGAAGACAAGAAUAUGAAUGUUUCUGGUCCAACAUAGUGUUAAAUAAGUGCCAUGGGAGCUUCUAAACUCCCAUGUGUGGUUCAAAGCAGAGAGAAAAAGAGUGCCCCAAGAAAGGCAUCAUGGAGGAUCGUCCCUAAAGAGUUGGUAUGGUUAUGAUAGUAUGGCAGUCAAGGGAAGCUUUCAAAAUGAGGGAACAAACCAAGCAAAGGUUGAAAAGUGUGGCAGUCACUUAAUGGUUUUCAUCAACAGCACUUUGCACAUUUGUCUGUUAUUAGCACUUAGCCCAUGAUGUUAUAAUAAUAUGCUUAAAUGUAUAUCUCUACAACUAUUCAUUAAUUCAACAUCUAUUUCUAUUGUCAUAUGCUGUGCACUGUCCUAGGUGCUAGAGAUAUAGCAGUGACCAAAACAGAGAUUCCUGCCCUUAUGUAGCUUAUAUUCUAGUAGGGGGAAGACAGACAAUAUACAUAAACACAAUUAAGUAAAUUAUAUAAUAUGUUCAAAGAGUACAGAGCAGGAAGUAAACUAAAUUAGGGUAAGGGAAUGGAGAAUGUUAGUGGGUCAGAUUUUAAAUUGCUUAAUCAGAACAGUCUCACCACAAAGAUAGCAUCUGAACAAAGACUUAAAGGAAAUGAAGGAGCAAGCUAUAGGAAUAUGAAAAGGAAGAACAUUCUAGACUAAGAGAAGAGCAAGAACAAAGGCCAUAAAGCAAGAGAAUGCCAUGUUGAGAAUUACCUGUAAAAAGACAAGGAUGAAAUUAAGGAGGCCAGUUAGGAGAUUGUUGUUAUAAGGGAGAAAUGCAGGUGACUGAGAUUGGUCACCUGCAGGUUAUAAUAAAUUGUCUGAUUCUGUUUAUAUUCUGGAAGUAGGAACAGCAUAACUGCUGAGCAGUUGGAUGUGGAGUUUGGAAGAAAAUAAUGAGUCAGUGUGGGUGACUGCAAAGUUCUGGGCCUCAACAACUUGAAGGAUGUAUGGAGUGGUCAUUAACUGGGAGAGUGAAAAAUUAUGAGUAGGGCUGGUUUGGGCGAGGGAAAGAGACUUGGAGAUCACAGAGUGAUCUAGAAGAAGGCAAGGAAAAUGUUUUGUGUAUUCCUCUUUACAUCUCUGCCAGCAUUAUAAUUAGCCCAUAAUUGGCACUAAAAAUUAUUGAAUAAAUCAAAUAAUAUAUAAGCUAAUCUGUACCCUUCCAUAGAUCAAAGCAGUUUAAGGAUAAGUUUUCACAAUUUGAGUUACAAACCUUUACCAAAGUCCUUGAAAACAGUGUAUACAGGAAUACAUAUUAGUUCAAGUAAAAAUUUCUCCAGUUCUACCCUCAAAUACAGGACUAUUUCAGAUUCUUGAGUAAAGGUGGAUUGUGUAACAACUUUCUCAAACCAUGGCUCCUCCUUGCUUUUUAUGGUCCCUGGUGUCCAUAGUUUGAAGUUCUACCCUGAAGCGCUAUCCUGAAAUACAUUUGCCCUCUGUUCUGCCUUCAUAGUGACACAACUUUAAGUUCAUGGUUCUUUUACUAUCCUUGUUGAAUGCCAUCUUUUUUAUCGUCUCUGCUAAAGUUCACUUCUGCGAAGAGACUUUCCUUUAAUAGGACUACAUUACUGCAUUGUCCCCACUUUGCUCAGCUGGUAGCCAUUCCCUUUUACUUAGAACUCUUCUGUUGUCACUUUUGACUAAUACCGCUGCUUAUGGCAGGCAGUCAAUGUUCUUUUCCCAAGGUUCUGGAUAUACCUACUGCUCAGUUGGCAGAGCCCACCCUUAAUGCCAAAGACUCUGGUGGCCCCAUUACUCAGCUGGUUAGUUGUUACCACUUGGCAGUCCUCAUGACCUUUGCUGAUAUAACUUUCUGCUGAACUUUUGUUCUCUGCUAAGCCUCCUGUUUUCUUCUGAAGUAGCGUGUGCCAUGGCUAAAUCUCUUUGACUUGUUUGCACAGGGAUAAGGCUUGUCUCAGUAUUUUGGCUGUAAAAAGCUAUCCAGAAAGGAUGGCAAUAAGCAGUCUUAAGGAAGUAUCGUUCUCUCACUGGACUAGGCUCUUACAUUGGGUUAGCUAGAAUAGACUACAGGAGGUGUGACAUUGUAAGUGAACCUGAGGUGAGGCACAGGGCAGACAACUCCAGCAAGGCAUGGAAUGGAUUCUGUUUUGCCUUCCCCUUAACUGAGAGGCAACUACCUAACCUAUGUGGUAAAUGCCUUUCCUCCAAGGUUAGGUUCCCUUAGAGCCCUGUUCAUUCCCUUUGUGGAAUACAGAGAGCCAAAUACAAAUGGGCUUAGUUACAAUAUGUUUACUUCAAAGUUGUCUCUCAGGUCUUUGACAAUCCUCUCCCUCACUUAGCCUCAUUGAUCUUGGAAAUAGAAGGAGAUUCCUAGAUAUCAUUGAACAUUUUGAGGUAGAAUGAAUCAUAAGAGAGCAUGUAUAUCCAAUAUAUUUUCUAUGGCAAUACUGAAGCCCAAAUAGGUUAAGUGUUCUGCCCAGAGUCUUAUAUCUCUUUAAUGGCAAACCUUAAACUAGACUCAGGCCUCCCAAGUCCAGUACCCUUUUCAUUAUACUUUUGGUAAGAUUGUGACUUCAGGCACUGAAUGGCAUAAUGAAAUCACACAGUUUUGCAUGGCUUAUAGAAGGAGGGCACUCUGAACAUUGUCAGAUCUUCAGUUUAGAUCUUGGAGGCAUAUCAACUGUGGUUCUAAAUGGCUAUGAUGUAGUAAAGGAAUGCCUUGUUCAUCAAAGUGGAAUUUUUGCAGACAGACCAUGCCUUCCUUUAUUCAUGAAGAUGACAAAAAUGGGAGGCCUACUCAAUUCCAGAUAUGGCCGAGGAUGGGUCGAUCACAGACGAUUAGCUGUAAACAGCUUUCGAUAUUUUGGAUAUGGCCAAAAGUCUUUUGAAUCUAAAAUCUUGGAAGAAACCAAAUUUUUUACUGAUGCUAUUGAAACUUACAAAGGUAGACCUUUUGACUUUAAACAAUUAAUAACGAAUGCUGUUUCAAACAUAACCAAUCUGAUCAUUUUUGGAGAACGAUUCACUUAUGAAGACACCGAUUUUCAGCACAUGAUUGAGUUAUUUAGUGAAAAUGUGGAACUAGCUGCCAGUGCCUCGGUCUUCUUGUAUAAUGCCUUUCCAUGGAUUGGCAUCCUGCCUUUUGGAAAACAUCAACAGCUGUUUAGAAAUGCAUCUGUGGUCUAUGAUUUUCUCUCCAGACUCAUUGAAAAAGCUUCAGUCAACAGAAAGCCUCAGCUACCUCAGCAUUUUGUUGAUGCUUAUUUUGAUGAGAUGGAUCAAGGUAAAAAUGACCCAUCAUCUACUUUCUCCAAAGAAAACCUAAUUUUCUCAGUGGGUGAACUCAUCAUUGCUGGAACUGAAACUACAACCAAUGUGCUACGGUGGGCGAUUCUUUUCAUGGCCCUUUAUCCUAAUAUUCAAGGACAAGUUCAGAAAGAGAUUGAUUUAAUUAUGGGCCCCAAUGGGAAGCCUUCUUGGGACGACAAAUUCAAAAUGCCUUAUACUGAGGCAGUUUUGCAUGAAGUUUUGAGAUUCUGUAAUAUAGUUCCAUUAGGGAUUUUCCAUGCAACCUCUGAAGAUGCAGUUGUACGUGGUUAUUCCAUUCCUAAAGGCACAACAGUAAUUACAAAUCUUUAUUCUGUACACUUUGAUGAAAAGUACUGGAGAGACCCAGAAGUGUUCCAUCCUGAGCGAUUUCUGGACAGCAGUGGAUAUUUUGCCAAGAAGGAAGCUUUGGUUCCUUUUUCCCUAGGGAGAAGACAUUGUCUUGGAGAACAGUUGGCUCGGAUGGAAAUGUUCUUGUUUUUCACAGCAUUGCUUCAGAGGUUUCAUUUGCAUUUUCCACAUGAACUAGUUCCAGAUCUGAAGCCCAGGUUAGGCAUGACAUUGCAGCCCCAACCCUACCUCAUCUGUGCUGAAAGACGCUGAAAGUGCCUGGAUGUUUUCGGGAGCAAGGAUGUAUAUUUGCCUUAUCCCUGAACUUGGUUUAAUCAAAUCAAUGUGUGUAUUAGAAUAAAAGUCACAGCAUCAUAAAGCCAAAUGAA